AUGAAGCUCAUGCCGACCGUCUUCUGCCUUCUCCUCGUCGUCCUUGCAUUGGAUGCGGCUGGUGUGGAUGCACGAGGCACACCUUCAAACAACCAAUGGACCAGCAUGUUCGUUUUCGGCGACGGCUUCGUCGACAACGGCAACAUCCCACAGGCCAACACAUGGCGUCAAUGGACCUAUCCCUACGGCUCCUAUCUAAACUCCCGUGGAUCUGCGACUCCUGUUCCAACUGGACGCCUUUCCAACUAUUGGAUUCAAUCUGACUUCAUCGCGAGGAUCUUGGGCCUCCAUGAAGCCCCUCCAUCAUACAGGCUCACGCCACGCCUAUCUUGUGAUUCAUCCGGCAUGACCUUUGCUUUCGGCGGCGCUGGCGUCUACGAGGUGCCCGACAAGAAGGUGCCGACCCUUGCCACACAGGUCAAUGCUUUUGCGAGGCUACUCGAUGCCGGGGUCAUCUCAAGACAACAGCUUCGCAGCUCCGUCGCUCUCGUCUCCAUCUCCGGCAGUGACUACAUGACUGGUGCCGACGUUGAGAAUGCCUUCUUGAGUAGCUUCGAUGAUAUCGAUAGUUAUAUUGGGAAUGUGACGACCGAGAUUGCCAAGAACGUGGGGAGGCUUCAGAGGCUAGGUGUGAGAAAGGUACUGGUUAACAACUUGCAUCCCAUUGGCUGCACGCCUUUGCGGACCAGUUCGAACAACUACACGGCAUGCGAUCUUCUGGCCAACUAUGCGGCAACUGUGCACAACAACAAUAUAGAACAACUGAUGGGCAACAAGAAUAAUGCCCACAUAUUGGACCUCUACACUGCCUUUACCGACAUCGUCAAUCAUGCCCCCGGUGAAGGGUCGGAGCGGUCAGACAAUUUCAACCGCAAGCUGACGCCUUGCUGCGAAGCUUCCAGUGAGCUGGGGUAUUGUGGACAGGUUAGCGCUUCAGGGGAGCGCCUCUACGAGCUAUGCAAGAAUCCUGACAAGACAUUCUACUGGGACGAGACUUACCCGACAACCGCUGGUUGGGAAGCUGUUACAGAGGCGCUAGAAGAACCUUUGAGGGAGUUCUUAGACAGGGAUUAUGUUCCAUGA